UUCCCCCCACCAUGAAGGCACAUUUCCUUCCUAGUCUUUGCUUCUCUUAUCUGGGAGAUUUUUUUUCCCCCCAAGCAAAGCAUGAACAGUUGUUAAGUGGAAAAUGGAGGCUGAAUUUUACAUGGCGAUUCUUACCUGCUUAAUCUUUGGGAAUUCAGAGGGGUUUCAGAUUGUCCAUGUCCAUAAACAAGAGUGCCUUUCCAAAAAUAAGAGAGUGGUGGUGGGUUUGUGCAAUGGGACCAGCCAGAACCAGCAGUGGAUGUGGACUGAGGAUGGAAAACUCCUUCAUGUUAAAUCUGCUCUGUGCCUGGGCAUCUCCAGCUCUUCUCGUGGCCCUUCCCUACCAGCUGUCUCUACCCACUGCUACCAGGCACCCCGAUGGACUUGCCAUGAGCAGGAAGGGUUCCUUGAGGUGGAAAAUACCUCUCUCUUUCUCAAGAAACAAGGCUCCAAGGUAGUGGUCAAGAAGGACAGGAAAUACCUCCAUAGCUGGAUGAAAAUUGAUGUCAACAAGGAGGGAAAACCAGUGAACGGAAGCCUCUGCUUAAAAAAAGCUGGCCUGGGAGCAGAAGUUUCGGUAAGGAGCGCUAGAAACACGGCUCCACCCCAAAUCCCCACCACUUUUAAUGCAGUUCCGUAUAGCCCGGAACACCUUAUUAGGAAUACCACAGAGGCCUUCACCAGAAGUACAACAGAACACGACCGCCGCCACAGCAGACAGACACAGCACCCCAGUCUGCAGACGACUGGAAUGACUGAGACAUCUUGGGUCCCCUGGACUACUCGGCCCUUCUCCAGCACCACUGAAGAGGCUGGUCUGGGGGAGCCAGUGAGAUGUAACGUCACCCUGACAGAGUCCAAGGUCUCCAGCCGGUCCGUGUCUCUCCAGUGGAGAACUUUGGGGUCACCCUGUAACUUCAGCCUCAUCUAUAGCAGUGACAUGUCAGGGGUCGCAUUGUGCCACCCCACGCGGAUAGACAACAUCACCUAUGGAUGUUACCCCAAGGAUUUACAAGCGGGAACCAUCUAUAACUUCAGGAUUGUGUCUCUGGAUAGAGAAGAGAGAACUGUAGUCUUGCAAACAGAUCCUUUACCUCCUGCUAAGUUUGAAGUCAAUAAAGAGAAGACUACUUCAACCAGUCUGCAUGUUUGGUGGACUCCUUCUUCUGGAAAAGUCACCCGCUAUGAGUUGGAGUUAUUUGACAAUAGCCACAAGAUACAGGAGACCCAAAUUCAAGAAAGUACUUCCUGGAACGAACAUACAUUUUUUAACCUCACUGCUGGUAAUAAAUACAAUAUUGCCAUCACAGCUGUUUCUGGAGAGAAACGUUCCCUUACAGUUUAUACCAAUGGAUCAACGGUGCCAUCUCCGGUGAAAGAUAUCAGUAUUUCAGCCAAAACCAAUUCUCUCUUGAUUUCCUGGUCCCAUGGCUCUGGGAAUGUGGAAAGAUACCAGCUGACGCUCAUGGAUAAAGAGACCCUAGUUCAUGGCAGUGUUGUGGACAGACAUGCUACUUCUCAUACUUUCCACGGACUGACACCUGGCCACCUCUAUAACCUGACCAUUGUGACUGAGGCUGCAGGGCUGCAAAACUACAGAUGGGCACUGGGCAGGACGACCCCCAUGGAAGUCUCAAAUCUGAAGGUGACAAAUGAUGGCACUUUGACCUCUCUAAAAGUCAAGUGGCAAAGACCUUCUGGAAAUGUGGAUUCCUACAACAUUACCCUGUUUCACAAAGGGACUAUCAAAGAAUCCAGAACACUAGGACCCCGGGUUACUGAAACUCAAUUCAAAGACUUAACCCCUGGAAGACUUUACCAAGUUACUAUCAGCUGUGUCUCCGGUGAAUUAUCUGCUCAGAAGAUGGCAGUGGGCAGAACAGUUCCAGAGCAAGUUGGGAACCUGGAAGCAAACAGCAAUGGUUCGAUAAGGUCCCUACUAGUGAGCUGGUCGCCCCCUGCUGGAGACUGGGAGCAGUAUCGUAUCCUGCUCUUCAAUGAUUCUGUGGUGCUGCUCAACAUCACGGUGGGAAAGGAGGAAACACACUAUGUCAUAGAUUACUUGGGGCUCAUACCAGGAAGACAGUAUGAGGUAGAAGUCACUGUUGAGAGUGGAAAUCUGAAGAAUUCUAAGCGUUGCUAUGGCAGGACAGCGCCCCUGGCUGUCCUCCAGCUUCGUGUCAAACACGCCAACGAAACCUCACUGGGUGUCAUGUGGCAGACGCCCAUAGCAGAAUGGGAGAAAUACAUCAUUUCACUAGCUGACAGAGACCUCUUACUCAUCCACAAGUCACUCCCCAAAGAUGCCAAAGAAUUCACUUUUACUGACCUGGUGCCUGGACGAAAAUACAUAGCUACAGUCACCAGUAUUAGUGGAGACUUAAAAAAUUCAUCUUCGACUAAAGGAAGAACAGUGCCUGCCCAAGUGACUGGCUUGUAUGUGGCCAACCAAGGAACAACCAGCAGUCUGUUUACUAACUGGACCCAGGCACUGGGUGACAUAGAGUUCUACCAAGUCUUACUGAUCCAUGAAAACGUGGUCAUCAAAAACGAAAGUGUCUCCAGUGAGACCAGCAGAUACAGCUUCCACUCCCUCAAAUCAGGCAGUCUCUACUCUGUGGUUGUAACAACAGUAAGUGGAGGAAUCUCAUCCCGACAAGUGGUGGUGGAGGGAAGGACAGUCCCAUCCAGUGUGAGUGGAGUGACGGUGAACAAUUCUGGUCGGAACGACUACCUGAGCAUCUCCUGGCUGCCGGCUCCCGGAGAUGUAGAUAACUAUGUGGUGACCCUCUCUCAUGGCAGCAGGGUAAUUCAGUCCCUCAUCAUUGCCAAGUCUGUCAGCGAAUGUUCCUUCAGCUCCCUUACUCCAGGCCGCCUCUACAAUGUGACCAUAACUACAAGGAGUGGCAAGUAUGAAAACCAUUCCUUCAGCCAGGAGCGAACAGUGCCUGACAAGGUCCAGGGAGUCAGUGUUAGCAACUCAGCCAGGAGUGACUAUUUAAAGGUAUCCUGGCUACAUGCUACUGGAGAUUUUGAUCACUAUGAAGUCACCAUUAAAAACAAAAACAACUUCAUUCAAACCAAAAGCAUUCCCAAGGCUGAAAACGAGUGUGUAUUUGUUAAGUUAGUCCCUGGACGGUUGUACAGUGUUACUGUUAGUACAAGAAGUGGACAAUAUGAAGCCAGUGAACAAGGGAAUGGAAGAACAAUCCCAGAGCCCGUGAGGGAUCUAACAUUGCGGAAUAGGAGCACUGAGGACCUUCUGGUGACUUGGUCACGAGCUGACGGGGAUGUUGACCAAUAUGAGAUCCAACUGCUGUUCAAUGAUAUGAAAGUAUUUCCACCUUUUCACCUUGUAAAUACUGCAACUGAGUAUCGAUUCACCUCCCUGACCCCAGGGCGCCAGUAUAAAAUCCUUGUCUUGACCAUCAGUGGAGAUGUACAGCAGUCAGCCUUCAUUGAGGGCUUCACAGUUCCAAGCACUGUCAAAAAUAUUCACAUUUCUUCCAAUGGGGCGACAGACAGCCUGACAGUCAACUGGACUCCUGGUGGGGGCGAUGUUGAUUCUUACACCGUGUCAGCAUUCAGACAGAAUCAAAAGGUGGAGUCUCAGACUAUCUCCAAGCACGUCUCUGAGCACACAUUCCAUAGACUGGUGGCCGGGGAACAGUACCAGAUUGUAAUUGCCUCGGUCAGUGGGUCCCUAAGGAACCAGAUAGACGCCGUUGGGCAGACAGUUCCAGCAUCUGUCCAGGGAAUAGUUGCAAACAAUGCAUACAGCAGUCAUUCCUUAACCGUAAGUUGGCAAAAGGCUGUUGGUGUGGCAGAAAGAUACGAGAUCCUGCUUCUAAAUGAAAAUGGGAUCCUUCUGAGUAACACGUCAGAGCCAGCCUCCACCACGCAGCACAAAUUUGAAGACCUAACACCGGGAACAAAGUACAAGAUUCGGAUCUUAACUGUCAGUGGAGGUCUCUUCAGCAAAGAAGCCCAAACUGAAGGCCGAACAGUCCCAGCAGCUGUCACCAAUCUGAGGAUCGUAGAGAACUCCACCAGACACCUGACCUUAAGCUGGACCACCUCGGAAGGGGAACUCAACGGGUACAACAUCUUUCUGUAUAACCCAGAUGGAACGCUUCAGGAGAGAGCUCAAGUCAACCCACGAAUCCAGAGUAUCUCUUUCCAGAACCUGCUGCAAGGCCGAAUGUACAAAAUGGUGAUAGUAACUCACAGUGGGGAGUUGUCUAAUGAGUCUUUCAUAUUCGGUAGAACAGUCCCAGCUUCUGUGAGUAAUCUCCGGGGAUCCAAUCGGAACAUGACAGACAGUCUCUGGUUCAGCUGGAGUCCAGCCUCUGGGGACUUCGAUUUUUAUGAGCUAAUUCUGUACAACCCCAAUGGCACGAAGAAGGAAAACUGGAAAGACAAGAACCUGACAGAGUGGCGUUUCCACGGCCUCAUUCCUGGAAGGAAGUACACGCUGUGUGUGGUAACUCACAGCGGGGACCUCAGGAACAAGCUCAUGGGGGAGAGCAGAACAGCCCCAAGUCCUCCCAGUCUUAUCUCAUUUGCUGAUGUUACAAACACAUCCUUGGCCAUCACCUGGAAGGGGCCACCAGACUGGACAGACUACGAUGACUUUGAGCUACAGUGGUUCCCCAGAGAUGCCAUCACGGUCUUCAACCCCUACAGCAAUAGAAAAUCAGAAGGACGCAUUGUGUAUGGUCUUCGUCCAGGGAGAUCCUAUCAGUUUAGUGUCAAGACUAUCAGCGGUGAUUCCUGGAAAACCUAUAGCAAACCAGUAUCUGGAUCCGUGAGGACAAAGCCAGAUAAGAUACAAAACCUGCAUUGCAGGCCUCAGAACUCCACGGCCAUUGCCUGUUCUUGGAUCCCUCCUGAUUCUGACUUUGAUGGGUAUAGCAUUGAAUGUCGGAAAAUGGACACUCAAGAAGUUGAAUUUUCCAGAAAGCUGGAGAAAGAAAAAUCUCUGCUCAACAUCAUGAUGCUGGUGCCCCAUAAGAGGUACCUGGUGUCCAUCAAGGUGCAGUCGGCUGGCAUGACCAGCGAGGUGGUUGAAGACAGCACUAUCACAAUGAUAGACCGGCCCCCUCCUCCACCUCCACAUAUCCGUGUGAAUAAAAAGGAUGUGCUAAUUAGCAAAUCUUCCAUCAACUUCACUUUCAACUGCAGCUGGUUCAGCGACACCAAUGGAGCUGUGAAAUACUUCACAGUGGUAGUGAGAGAGGCUGAUGGCAGUGAUGAGCUGAAGCCAGAACAACAGCACCCUCUGCCCUCCUACCUAGAAUACAGGCACAAUGCCUCCAUCCGAAUGUAUCAGACCGAUUACUUUGCCAGCAAAUGUGCCGAAAGUCCCGACAGCAACUCCAAGAGUUUUAACAUUAAGCUUGGAGCAGAGAUGGAGAGCCUGGGUGGAAAAUGCGAUCCCAAUCAGCAAAAAUUUUGUGACGGACCACUGAAGCCGCGCACUGCCUACAGAAUCAGCAUUCGGGCUUUUACACAGCUGUUUGAUGAGGACUUGAAGGAGUUCACGAAGCCCCUCUACUCAGACACAUUUUUCUCUUUGCCUAUCACCACCGAGUCAGAGCCUUUAUUUGGAGUUAUUGAAGGUGUGAGUGCCGGUCUGUUCUUAAUUGGCAUGCUGGUGGCCAUUGUUGCCUUAUUCAUCUGCAGACAGAAAGCUAGCCUUGGUCGAGAAAGGCCCUCUGCCCGCCUGAGCAUUCGCCGGGAUCGACCAUUAUCUGUCCACUUGAACCUGGGCCAGAAAGGUAACCGGAAAACGUCUUGCCCAAUAAUAAUAAAUCAGUUCGAAGGGCACUUCAUGAAGCUGCAAGCUGAUUCCAACUACCUUCUAUCCAAGGAAUACGAGGACUUGAAAGACGUGGGUCGAAACCAAUCAUGUGACAUUGCACUCUUGCCGGAGAACAGAGGGAAAAAUCGAUACAACAAUAUAUUGCCCUAUGAUGCCUCUCGAGUGAAGCUGUCCAAUGUAGAUGAUGACCCGUGCUCAGACUACAUCAAUGCCAGCUACAUCCCUGGCAACAACUUCAGAAGAGAAUACAUUGCUACUCAGGGACCUCUUCCUGGCACGAAGGAUGACUUCUGGAAAAUGGCGUGGGAACAGAAUGUUCACAACAUCGUCAUGGUGACCCAGUGUGUGGAGAAGGGCAGGGUAAAGUGUGACCAUUACUGGCCAGCAGACCAGGAUUCCCUCUACUAUGGGGACCUCAUCCUGCAGAUGCUCUCAGAGUCUGUGCUGCCUGAGUGGACCAUCCGGGAAUUUAGGAUAUGCAGCGAGGAACAGCUCGAUGCACACAGACUCAUCCGCCACUUUCACUACACAGUGUGGCCAGACCAUGGGGUCCCAGAAACCACCCAGUCCCUGAUCCAGUUCGUGAGAACCGUCAGGGAUUACAUCAGCAGAAGCCCUGGUGCCGGGCCCACCGUGGUACACUGCAGUGCCGGUGUGGGUAGGACUGGAACCUUUAUCGCAUUGGACAGAAUCCUCCAGCAAUUAGACUCCAAAGACUCUGUGGACAUUUAUGGAGCGGUGCACGACCUAAGACUUCACAGGGUUCACAUGGUCCAGACCGAGACACGGGCUAUUCAAGGCAUUGAGAAUGUAUCUGAAGAUCUCUUGGAUAAAAACUAUGCACUGUGUGAUUUUUUAAAAAAUUUGCUUCAUGCCCUACAGAGGUUCCAGCUAUUUCUGUUGUCGCUAUGUAUAAUUUAUUAAUCUGGAGAAUUUUAAAGAAUUUAUGUAAUUUAAAGGUAACAGAUAUUAUUGUACAUAGUUGUAUUUUGUAGUUUCUUCUGUAAAUAUGUAUUUUUUUCAUAAUGUUUAAUAUUAAGCUUUAUAUAAUACUAUGUUUCCACAGUAAAGUGUUCAUGGAUUGUUCUCCAUAAACUAAUUCAACCUGUAUAACAGGACUCCUGGUAAAACAUGUCUGGAGGGGGUUGCAGAGGCAAUCCCAUGGGCCAUGGUUUUGACCUGUUUUGAUAUUUACUGGUCAGGGUAAAGGACAGGGCUGGAGAAAGCGUGUAAGACACCUGGCUUUGCUGCAUUGCUGUUCUAGGAAUGUAGAGAUCUAAAGAUGAUCCAAAUGCUAUUUGGACAAAUGUAACAGUAAAAAAAAAAAAAAAAAAAAAAAGAACUGGGGGGAAGCACGAAAGCUGAAGCCGGUGGUUGUUGCUAAACUAGUUCAUCUCUCCCCUUCCUUCUGCCAGAGGUUCAAGCCAAAGUGGUCAGUUCAGGGGCCAUGUAACUUGCAGAGAAGUCCGGGCUGCAGGAUUGAGGGUUCUGAUAGAGAACAAUCCAAACAGAAGGGAUGAAUUCCUUACAUCAAGGAUGCCUCCUGUACCCCUGACUGGAAACAAAAUCAACAUGCAAGGUGCCAUCUGUAGUGAUUGGAGAUGAUUUCACUGCAUUCGGAGUGUGAACAUACAAACCCAUACUGUAAUGUGUGUGUUGGUUGAUGUACACACAGUCAUCCUUGUCUCAUUUCUAGUGGGCUGCACUCCUGGAAAAGUCAAAAUUAUGCCAGUCGUAUUUGGUUUUCCCACUAAAAGAAGAUUGUUGUGGCAGAUUACAUUUCUGACCAAAGGACCUGAUAUUAACAUCUUUAUAGAAAUGUCCACAAACAUCAUAUGCAGUUCAUUACAAAAACAAAAAUCUGGGGCACCUGGGUGGAUCAUUUGGUUAAUCAUCUGACUCUUGAUUUCGGCGCAAGUCAUGAUCUCAUGAUUCGUGAGUUCAAGCCCCGCGUUGGGUUCUGCACUGACAGCACGGAGCCUACUUAGGAUUCUGUCUCUCCACUUCUCUCUCUCCCCCGCCCCUCUCUCUCAACAUAAAUAAAUAAACUUAAAAACAAAACAACUCAGUGGUGCUUAACGUAAAAACUUCCAAAAGACUUUUUUAGUAAGUCAUUGAGGUGAAAAUAUCAGUAGUCACCAGAAGGUGCAUUUAAUAUGAAAGCCAUUACAUACCCUACCAAAUUUAUUUUCAGUAUUUGUGCCUAUUUUGACUAUAACAAAUAUCAGUGAAUUAGAUAGUAGGCAUUGCCCUCCUCAGUGUCCAGUUCUGAGGGUCUUGCCAGGGAAAAUUUGAAAGGUAUCUGUACUGAAUCCUUACGGCUACUUGAGAAAUGAGCCAGGAUGUUUCCCUUUUUCUCACGUACAGAUUUCUCUGUAAUAAACCUAAGAAUUUGAGAUGAAAAUUGUUGACCUCACAGCUUCAACUGCAGAAAAAAUACAUUUCUUUUCAAAGUAUGUAUUUUUGCUACAUACCAUAAAGUCCCAUAAAUAAUAUAGUGGGUAUAAGUGAAAAUCAUUAAAUAUAUCCAAAAUAGUUGUUUGUAGUUAUGUAAAUUUCUACACACACCAGAAAAAUUUCUAGGGCUACUUGAAGUUUAUAAAAACAGGGAAAAACUUUAUAAGAAUAGAUGCAAAGAGUAAUAAAAGGAUUCCAAGUUUUCAGUCUCAUUAUGCUCAAUGCCCUUGUGAAAUAACAGUGUUGGGUUGUCUCAGGGAACUAGGUGGAUCUUCUAGAAAUGAAAAGAAACAAUAUAUAGGUAAGGGUGGCAGAUGUACCACCAGGAAGAAAAUAGAGGUCAGAGAUUUAUGAGAGGUAGAGUCAACUAGGAAUAACUUUCCCUGCAUUAAAAAGAAAAAGCAAGAGAAAAAUAACAGAUUUUUAUACUAAUGUUGCCUGGCACAAAGUACAUUAACACAUGGAAAGAGAAAUUCAUUUUUGGCCUUUCAUUCAUUCAGAAAAGUUUUAGUAAGUGCCUAUAUAACCUACGAGGCACUGUCCUAGAAACAACACAUUUGUACUCAAUAAAGAAAAUGCAUCACAAUAGUAAAGUUAGGGUUGCUGUUACUAUUUCCAAUGAAGCUUGAAAGAGGGCUCUGGGGAGCCGGUAAAAUAAGCAGUCCAAGGCAGUGGCAGCCUCCCACAGAUCACACUGGAAAAGGCUAGUGCAGUCUCCAUAGCAGACCACUGGAUCUAGAAGAGAAAGCAAUGAAUUACACAAACCAGGAAUUAAAACUAUAAACAACGGACACAUCUGUAACAGUAAAUAAUGUCCACAUACCCUGGCGUGUCUGGGGUGGAAUCACAGGGAAAUGGACAUGACAAGGGGAGACUGUAUGUUCUUUUAGUCUAAUCCAGGAAAUAUUUAUUCCUACCCUCCACCUAAUUUUAAAUCUCCUUGGCAACAAAUAUUUCGCUAUCUUCCCUCCUGCGCCACCAAAGACUAAAUACAUUAUCUACUUGAUCUGUUUAUUAAAUUUAGGACAGGGUGGGGAAAAAAGGUUUCCUUGACAUUCAGCUCAAUUGGAUGUAUUUUAAUUUAAUCCCAUCAUGGGUUUUGUCUUGGUAAACACGCCAUUUCCUGUUGUGGUGGGCAUUCUGUUCGCACCUGUGUGCUACACUUGAUUCACCCAAUCUUCAAAGGGCUUUUGAGCUAUCAAAUCUUGAGAGAGUCCCGUCUUGCAUCGUAAUAAUUAUUUACUCAAGUUCUUUAUAAUUAACUCCUUUAAUCUCUACUCAUUAAAUCGAUUUCAUAUUAUCAUUCUGUUGCUCUCUGGAAAGCAGCCAAUUUUUCAUCUCUUGAAUCAGACUUUUCAAAGGCUCAUCUCCCUGCCUGGGCCUGCACGUAUUUGUCCUAAGUAAUUCACCAUCCCUGAACACUUCUGAGUCCCUCUUUCUCACGACUUGUUCCCUUCUCCUUUUUUGAAUAUGUUUGCUUUCCCAGUUGAAUGUGAUUUUACUUUCUGUUCAUCUUAUCUCCUUAAAACCACUGGUAUUUCAUAGUCUUUUCAGGCUCCACAUUAUAGAAGAAUGACCAUGGUUUCACUUUUAAAUACUAAAAUGGUCGUGGCACACAGACACAUUGGGGACAGUUUUAUUUGGAAGGGUCUUUAAUUAAUUUUGUUAUUACCUCUUGGAGGAAAGCCCAAAAUGACACGUGAAAAUAAUAUGAAACCACCAAGCAGAUGUCCAGCAAUACAAAAAUAGACCUCAUAUGUUAUACUUCACACUCUGAUUCUCUUGUCUUAGUGUCUCGGGAUCAGUUUCUUAAACACUCUCCUCAUUUUUUGCAAGAAAACUACUGGCCAUCUACUAAAUUCCCAAUUAGCUUUCUGAGUUUUGAGGUUGGAAUCGUGAGGUCAACACUGGCUGGAUCUGUAUGACUGCAAACAACAGGACCUGAUCCCCAACUCUGGGAUGUUCUAGAGUUUUAGUUCACCCAUGUGAGCCAGACCGAACCUGACCUGGCAUUGAAAAACAAUAGAAAAUAGGCUGCUUGUUUGAGGAAGUAGUUCAAGGACUUUGCAGGUUCCAUUUCACUGAGGAAAUGAAAGUAAUUGAUCAGCCAAAACAGAGUGGCAAGAAGGAAUGGCUGUUCCUCCCCUACGUGGCUGUGAGCAACCCUCAACCCCACCUCAUUCCUGAAGAGCCACAGUGGAAAGGCCAUUAUCAGCCUACAUGCCGUGUUAAGUUUCUGAGUAGUUUUAACCAGAGGUUUCAAGUCAUAUCAAGUAUUCAAAGGAACUUUCAUAUCAGAGGAAAAUCUGUAAACCAUGACUACAAAAAGCAAGUGAAAUGAUGCAAAGAAGGGGAAAUAUCUGAAAAAAGGGAAUCUAACCAGACAUCGGGAAGAGAAAAUGGCUCCCUUUCUGUGUGUCCAGACUGUUUUUUCAAAGUGUCAUGUUUCUAUGAGGAUGUAUUAUCCUUUGGGGGCUCUCUUUGACUUCAUUAGCCACAUGAUUUAGCUGAUUAAGCAACUGAAUUGAUUCAUUUAGUUUUGUGAAUUGACCAGGUGUUUGACUAAACUGAGCUUGGAAUUCAGACACACUACCUAAGAUUCUUAUAGUGGAUGAUGCCUUUGAAAGUGGCCAUUUUCGUUAAAGUGCCGGGUAACAUUUGAUACAGCCAUGAUAAUAGCAAAAAUCUGUUCAGUUCUAAAAAUGCUUCUAGCAAUGGAAAUAUUUCUGACUAAAAGAAUACUCUUGACUUGUAGGGAGGUUCCCUAGGAAUAAAUGUAUGCAAUGAAAAUAAGGCAUUUUAUUUUUUUAAAGGUUAUGUAUACAGAUACAUUCAUGAAAUAAGGAAAUUGUUAGUGGAUGCUCUUAGUAGAGGUUUAUGUAAUGAAAACAAAGGAAUCUAUUAACAGUUUCACCAAAGAUUAUUUUUAUAGUCUCUAUGCCAAUGAUCUUAUAUAAGUUACCAAAAUAAGUUUUUAAAACUGAAUAAUGUCACACAGGUGUAAUGUCCCCCUUCUAGAAUCAUCACAAGAAACGUUAGUUAUGGCUGUUUUCUGCCUUAAGUAAUUUCUUUUAGGAAAUACCAUCUUCACCCUAACAGCAAGCUUUCUGUUACAUUUGAGAUGUAUUUUAAUAGCUGAGUGAGCAGAUAAGCAUCCCAACAGGAACAUAUGCGAUUGUGGCUUUAAGAGUUUGUAGUAACAGUUGGACAGAGUUUCAUCUGCAAGCCAGUGGGAAAGUCUGCAGAGGCCUUGGUGAAAUCUCCUACUGUUCACCACACUGACAACCAGGUGCACCAAUGUGCUUCCCUGAAGAGUCCCUGAUCGCUGAUCUUCCAUGUGGGACUCAUUAGGCUUAUAUAAAUUCUACAAAGACAAGAAUCAGGUCUUUAAUAUCUUCUCUAUUCCUACCUUGUAGAAAUUAUGUCUUGAGUGGAAACUGCUCCUGGCCCCAUACUUUGGGCGUUAGAUAGUCAGUGUCUAAUAACACUAUUGUCCAUGGAGGUUCAUCUGGCUGUUCCUUGAUUGACGUGCACCUUACAGAAACAAUGUAAAUAAAUUCAGCAACUGAAAAUAUUAUGUUCUAUCAAAGAGCACUUUUAUGUUUUUAAUAUGAUGUACUCUUUCUCUGCAAAUAUGGUUAUUUAAAAUGGCGGUAGAUUUGAUUGUAUUUUUUCAUAUUAUUGCACCUCCCCACAAUAGUGUGUUUCUAACCAACUCUAUUUGAACAAAGAGCUUCAUUCGUCUUCCUAUUUAAAUUAUGUAUUUGCUUGAUAUAUUUUCACAUUUGCGACUGGUCAAAAACAUCUACCUAGUACCUUACACACUUUCUCACUAGUACCAGAAUAAAACUGCUGUUUGUUGAAGCAAA